CCAUCGCGGGCGCCCUCCGCCGCAGCCUGCGCCGGGGCUCUGCGCUGCGCGCCGGCAGGCUGAGCAGGGGCAGCCGGCUGGAGCUGGGAGCCGCCGAUCCCCAGGGCACCUGCCGCCGCCGGAGCCGGCCGCCCGACUUGCUGUCCCUGCUCGCCCCCCGGGAGGAGAGGGGCGCGGGGGAGCCGGGACCGCGGAGCACCGGAGCCUGGCUGCAGCUGCUGCCGGUGGUUACAGCAUUUUACCUUGAUAAACGGGCUGCUUCCAUUUGAGAACUGGAUCCAGGAGAGGGUGCUGAGGAAGGAAAAACCAAACCACCUACUCCAGCAGGGUCUCCAGGUUCUCAGACAGCUCUGUUGGCCAAGACUGGCUUAGAAGUUGCUUUCUCUGCUCAAGAAAAUGGGGGCUGACAGUGAAAACUUAGUCCUGAGGAACAUGCUUAUCAGUCUCAACUUGCUCCUGCUGGGAUCAGUCCUCAAGCCCUUUGAGUGCCGGCUAGAGGUGACAACAGAGCGGAUGAGGAGGCAGGUAGUGGACAAGGAAGGCAACUUUGCCAACGACAGCCUGCCUAUCAAGGAGCAAUCCAUGGUCUUCAACCAUGUAUACAACAUUAACGUCCCCCUGGACACCUUCUGCUCAUCAGCGCUCGAGGCAUCAUCUGACCAGGAGGUGAGUUCAGAAGACGACAGGAUGACGGAAUAUACGGAGCAGACCUCAGACAGCGAGAGCCAGGUCACCUUCACCCACAGGAUAAACCUCCCCAAGCAGGCUUGCAAGUGCUUCACCUCUGUCCAGGUCAUGCAGGAGCUUCAAAGCAGAAUUGAGAUGCUGGAGAGGGAGGUGUCCAUGCUACGGGACCAAUGCAACUCCAAUUGCUGCCAAGAAAAUGCAGCUACAGGGCAGCUAGCUUACAUCUCCCACUGCAGUGGGCAUGGUAACUUUAGCCUGGAGUCCUGUGGCUGCAUCUGCAAUGAAGGGUGGGCUGGAAAAAACUGCUCAGAGCCCCACUGCCCCAUGGGCUGUUCCAGCCGGGGAAUCUGCGUAGAAGGCCAGUGCAUCUGCGACAACGACUACAGUGGGGACGAUUGCUCAGAGCUCCGCUGCCCGACGGACUGUAGCUCCCGAGGCCUCUGCGUGGACGGGGAGUGCGUCUGUGAAGAAGGUUAUGCAGGGGAAGACUGCAGCGAGCUGAGGUGCCCCGAUGACUGCUUGGGAAAGGGGAGAUGCACCAAUGGCACCUGCAUCUGUCAGGAGGGCUACGUGGGGGAAGACUGCAGUCAGCUGAGAUGCCUGAAUGCCUGCAGCGGACGUGGGUUCUGCCAGAAGGGGAUGUGCGCUUGUGAGGAAGGUUACAAGGGACAAGACUGCUCAGCAGUUGCCCCACCUGAGGAUCUGCGAGUGGCUGGGAUCAGUGACAGGUCCAUUGACCUGGAAUGGGAUGGGCCAAUGGCAGUGACAGAAUAUGUGAUCUCCUACCAGCCAGUGGUGCCGGGGGGCCUUCAGCUCCAGCAACGGGUGCCUGGAGAAUGGAGUGCUGUCACCAUCAAGGAGCUGGAGCCAAGCCAAACAUAUAACAUCACCAUCUACGCUGUCAUCAGUGACAUCCUUAGCGUCCCCGUCACUACCAAGGUGACUACCCAUCUCUCCACUCCAAAAGGGCUGCAGUUCAAGACGAUCACAGAGACCACCGUGGAGGUGCAGUGGGAGCCCUUCUCUUUCUCUUUUGAUGGCUGGGAGAUAAGCUUCAUCCCCAAGAACAAUGAAGGUGGCGUCAUCGCACAGCUUCCUAGCAGUGUCACCACCUUCAACCAGACAGGACUGAAGCCUGGGGAAGAAUACAUCGUCAAUGUGGUAGCCCUCAAGGAGCAAGCCAGGAGCCCCCCUACCUCCGACAGCAUCUCCACCUUAAUUGAUGGGCCAACCCAAAUCCUGGUGCGAGAUGUCUCGGACACAGUGGCCUUCGUGGAGUGGACCCCACCCCGAGCUAAAGUAGACUACAUCCUGCUGAAGUACGGCCUCACAAAUGGGGAAGGGGGGAAGACCAUGUUCCGACUGCAGCCUCCCCUGAGCCAGUACUCAAUGCAGGCCCUGAGGCCCGGCUCACAGUACGAAGUCUCCAUCUCCGGGGUCCGAGGGACCAACGAGAGCGACCCUGCUGUCACCACCUUCACAACAGAGAUCGAUGCACCCAAGAACCUCCGGGUGGGCUUGCGAACGUUGGCCAGCCUGGCACUGGAGUGGGACAACAGUGAGGCGGAGGUGCAGAACUAUAGGGUGGUGUACAGCACACUAGCAGGCGAGCAGUACCACGAGGUGCUGGUGCCACGGAAUGCUGGCCUGACAACCCGGGCCACCCUCACAGAUCUGGUGCCAGGAACCGAAUAUGGAAUUGGGAUAUCGGCCGUCAUGGACAGCAAGCAGAGCGUCCCAGCCACCAUGAACGCGAGGACUGAGCUUGACAGCCCUCGGAACCUCAUGGUGACAGCCUCCACGGAAACGUCUAUCUCCCUGGCCUGGACCCAGGCAAAGGGCCCCAUCGACCAUUACCGCAUCACCUUCACUCCAGCUUCCGGGAUGGCCUCCGAGGUGACUGCACCCAAGGACAAGUCUGAGCUGACACUCUCAGACCUGGAUCCCGGUACAGAAUAUACCAUCUCAGUCAUUGCCGAGAGAGGCCGUCAGCAGAGCCUGGAGUCCACAGUGGAUGCAUUCACAGGGUUCCGACCAAUCACACAGCUGCAUUUUUCUCAUGUGACUUCCUCCAGCCUGAACAUCACCUGGAGUGACCCCUCCCCUCCAGCAGACAGGUUUAUCUUGAACUACAAUCCCAGAGACAAGGAGGAGACCAAGCAGGUCAUGCUAGAUGCCACCAAGAGACACGCCACCUUGUCUGGCUUGCAACCAUCUACAGAGUACAUCGUGUCACUGGUGGCUGUGCAUGGUUUGGUCAGCUCCGAGCCCAUAGUGGGCUCCAUCACAACAGGGAUCGACCCCCCAAAGAACCUCACUGUGGGCAACGUAACCAAGGACUCAGUGAUGAUCUUCUGGGCCCCUCCUAUCGCAGCUUUUGACCACUACAGAGUGUCCUACCGAUCUGCACAAGGGAGAGUGGACAGCACGGCUGUCGCCAACAACGUUGCCGAAUACACCCUAAGUCGCCUGCAGCCAGCGACCAAGUACGAGAUCAGCCUGAGCAGCGUGCAGGGCCGGGAGGAGAGCGAGCGGGUCUCCAGCACCGUGUAUACAGCCAUGGACCACCCUCUGGGUCUGACUGCCACCAAUGUCACCCCAACAGAAGCCCUGCUCCAGUGGAACCCACCUCUUUCCGAAGUCGAGAACUACGUCAUUGUGCUAACACACUACACAGUUGCAGGGGAGACCAUUCUAGUGGAUGGGGCCAACCAAGAGUACCAGCUGAUCAACCUGAUGCCCAGUACCAGCUACAUGGUCACCAUGUAUGCCACCAAUGGGCCUCUUACAAGCAGCACCAUCAGCACCAACUUUACGACUCUUCUGGAUCCCCCGACUAACUUGACUGCCACUGAGGUCACCCGCCGGAGCGCCCUCCUUUCAUGGCAACCUCCAAUGGCAGAGAUCGAGAACUACAUCAUGACCUAUAGAUCGACUGAUGGAAGCCGGAAGGAGCUGAUAGUCGAUGCUGAGGACACCUGGAUCCGCCUAGAGGGGCUUUUGGAGACCACGGAAUACACCGUACGCUUGCAGGCAGCCCAGGAUGCGAUGAGGAGUGGAUUCACCUCCACCAGCUUCAUCACAGGAGGCCGCGUGUUCGCUAAUCCUCAGGACUGUGCCCAGCAUUUGAUGAAUGGCGACACCAUGAGUGGACUCUACACCAUCUCCAUCAAUGGGGACCUCAGCCAGCGAGUGCAAGUGUACUGUGACAUGACCACGGAUGGGGGAGGAUGGAUUGUGUUCCAGAGACGGCAGAAUGGGCUGACGGAUUUCUUUCGAAAGUGGACGGAUUACCGCGUUGGCUUUGGAAACCUAGAGGAUGAGUUUUGGCUGGGGCUGGACAACAUUCACAAGAUCACAUCACAGGGACGCUACGAGCUACGAAUAGACAUGCGAGAUGGCCAAGAGACAACUUACGCCUAUUACGACAAGUUCUCCCUUGGUGACGCCAGGAGUUUGUACAAGCUCCGGAUAGGAGACUACAACGGCACUUCCGGAGAUUCACUCACCUACCACCAGGGACGUCCGUUCUCCACCAAGGACAGAGACAAUGACGUUGCUGUUACAAACUGCGCCAUGUCAUACAAAGGUGCCUGGUGGUAUAAGAACUGCCACCGGACCAACCUCAACGGCAAGUACGGCGAGUCCCGGCACAGUCAGGGGAUUAACUGGUUCCACUGGAAAGGCCACGAGUUCUCCAUACCCUUUGUGGAAAUGAAGAUGCGACCCUACAACCACCGUAACAUCUCGGGAAGGAAACGACGGUCCCUACAGCUGUGAGCCAGCAGGAAUCCUGUCCCUCCCCACCCCAGCCCCCCGACCUUUUCUGUCAUUCGUUUGUAUUUUAUAAUAUGAAAAGGGAAAAGAAAUACUUCCACUCUGAGCUAGCAACCUGGUCCAUAGGAGUCCUGGAAGGGCUGACUGAGCGGCUGGUAGGCUUUGGAAAGGGAAGGACCUCAACACCUUUCCUGUGAAAUGCCAAGUGCCCGCUCCCCCUGCCCACAAUGUGGAAAGAGAGAGAGAUGGAUUUUUAGUAUUUUUUUAAAAGACUUAUAAAUCCCAGAUGAACCCCAUAGGACAUGUUUUUGUUGAAGGUGCUCCCUCACCACCAUCUCUGCUACAGCAGGUCCUCCUUCACGCUGCAGGUCCUUUCAGCCAGGGACGGCGAUGGAGGCUGGCCCGGCCACGCGGUGGGGGCAGGCUUGCUUUUUGGCUGAGCUGUUGGACUAGGGCCUGCAGCUGAGGCGGCACGUAGCACCAGCCACACCUGGGCAAGAGGGACCACACAUAGUGCCCUGUCCUUUGAUCAUAGUCAGAGGCAACAAGUCUGAUGGCCCUUCAUCCCAGGGACAGACACUCCACCUCCUCCCUGUCAUACCAGCCAAGGAGAGCCUGCUCCCCUGUCUCCUCCCCAACAUAAUGCCCAAUCCCUCUGUUAGUCAAGAUGAUGCAGCUGUCCCUCUCCCUUUGACCAAGAACACACAGUGUCCCUUAUCCCCAGGAGCACACUACAUGACGCACACAUACACAGUGGAGAGAAGUGAAUUUCAUGCUUGCCAUUGUAUACUGGGUUACUGCAAGUCAUAGAUCUCACAAGGAGCGUGAGAUGCUUGUCUGCAUUGUAUCCAUCUCUCCUUUCCUUUAGAGCGAUCACUGCCUACUUAUGAACCCCACCAUCACCAUGCUUCUAACAUGCCCAAGGUCGCCUCCUAUUUAUGGUAGGUGCAUGGGUAGUAACAGAAUGGAUGGUGCACAGCAUCUGCCUGUAGAUGGGAGCUGCUCUAGUGUUUUCUGAGGUACAAUGGUGACCCAUCUACUCUGCAUGUUGACUUCAUCAUAAACCCUUUGGUGGGUUUUUGCUGUUAUUCUUCUAAGGCCUAGCUCAGGGGAGAGGGGAGGAGAGGAGAGGAGAGAAGGAAUCAGACAAAACAGCUUCUAGGAAUCUUUAAUGUCAUUCUGAAGUAAGUCCAUUUAGGCUCCCCUUUCACUAUUAGUUUUACGUACAGUAAUGUUGUGUCUCGUAGUUGUUAUUGGUCCUAAACCAAAGAGUAUUGGAGGAAGAGCAGCGAGCAGAAGAACUGGCAAGUGGCUGCAGUUCAUCCUGAAGCUUGCAGAGAUUGUAAAUUGCAGCCGUGUGCUGUGACAUCUAGUCAUCCUGUUUGUGUUCCCUGGGGUUAUGGAGGAAGGAUGGUUUGGGUGGUUGAGGCAAAAGACCUCAAUGUAGAUUCUCUUCCCACUGGCCUCCUCUGUGAUCUGGGUGAGUCACACCGACUCUGUGAGCUGUUUCCACCAGCUCUCCACGGGGAACUGAACUCUUCCCUCCCUCACAGUGUUGUUGCGAGGCUUAAUUCAUUGAUAUUUGUAAAGCACUUUCAGAUCCUUGGACGAAAGGCCCCAUAUAUGUUCCAAACAUCAUGUUUUCCCUCCUUAUAAAGAGACACCGCCCUGGUUAAAACCUGGUAUUUUAAAGCUCUAUCCCAUCCCUGCCUGUUGUUACUAACAACACCUUUAAUUAUUAAAAGUGAUUUUCAAAUACUGAAUUUACUCCUUAACGUUGAUGCUGCUUAUGUUUUGCACUUUAAUCAGUUUGGCCAAUGAGAACAGACCAGGCGCUUUCCCCUGCUGUGUCCCAUGCACUAGCACAAGGCAGUUAUGUGUGAGUUCACCGUACUGUAGAGGAAAGGUUACCGGGGACUAUCGCUAUUUGAUAGUGGGCCUGAGUCUCGUUUACACCAAGGCCACUUUGCACUAAAUUGCAGUUUACAGCCACUUUCAGAGAGCAUGUAAAGGGGCCUGAAUGGAACAGAGAAUUCAGGACAGAGUCUCUUUAAACAGAUUCAAGGAGUGUGACUAACUCCCAUCCAGCCCGUGUCCAGUGGAGCAACAGGAGACUAAUCAGGAAAUGUAGUCUCCCCCUCCCCCGUGCCAUGCAUUGGGACAUAAAAACCUAAAUAACCCUGGGUUCAGGAUUAGGUACAACCCUCAACGCCCUGGCUGUAAGGUCAAGGGGAAAGACCCCCGUCUGUUGCUAGUCUAGUCUGAUGGAACAGUGCUGCAUCUUCCCCAUCCUUCAGACACUCAGUUGCCUCUUCCAGUGAUGUGGCACUGGUAUGGCCCAGCAUUAUAAGGGCACUAAGUCUUGCUUUCAGUCCUGAACCCAGGGGGUUUCCUGCCCGUUGAGCACAUGAAUGGGUGAGAGGGUGGUGCUCAGCUAGGGGUAGUUCUGCACAUGUGUUGGAUGUAGAGAUGGAUACGCAGCCCACUGAAGCCAGCACAGUCUCCUGUGGAUUUUAGUGGGCUUUGUACAAGGCCGUGAGUAAAUCACCAUAAACCAGAGGAGGUCUAGGGAGAUCAAGAAGGAACAAGAAGGCCUCAAUGAAGAACUAGACCUGGGCAGGGGGAGUAGGAUGGGAUGAGACUCUCAUGAGAGGUAGAAAAAUCUCUUCUGUCCUUAGCGUAUCACUGUGGAAUUCCAAAAGCCAAUGAGAAGCAGCAGAUAGGGCUGAUGGAAGUUUAGGGAAAUCCUUAGCAAUUAUUUGUAUGAAAACUGCCCCCACCCACUGGCAGCCACAAACAAGAAAUGACAAGGCUGGGUGGUUUAACAGUUAGAACUAAGUGCAGCAACUGAGAGUGCCCUGGCUUCAAUUCCCACCUGAGGCAGUGGCUCUCGGGGUGACUUCAAGUUGGACAAGUCACUUGGCUUGAUCGGGCUUUCAUUGUCUCCACUGUCCAUUCAGGUGGAAGCAAGAAACCUUGCUGGAAAUGCUGCUGCUCAGCACUAGUGAUCCAGCAGAGGGAAAGAAAACAACCAAAAAAACCCACUAUUCUAAAUCACAACCACAGCCGAUCUUAUCCCCAUCCCUUCACAGAAACUCAGAUUGAUCUUUCUUUCAGCCUAGUGUUACUGUAGGUAUCAUUUCUCCAGGAAAGGAUCAUUAUUCUCUCAAUAUACUUCCCCACCACACACCCCUUCAUAGCUGCCUCCUAGUUGGGAUGGGAGGGUCCUAACAAUAGGACUCCAUUAUCUGACCAGCAGAACACACUGCAGGAUGAAGGGCAAUUUUCAGUCUAUCUUCUGACCCUAGCGUAUCCCACGACAAGUCACACCAAAGACUUAACAUGAGGUUACCAAUGCUGCAUCAUGGCACGAGGUUUUGGCAAUCAACACCGACAUGAAAAGGAAUGGGCAGUAAGGGGUAGCCAGGGCAGGCUGAGCACUGAGCCCCUUGAGUAGGGAUUGUGCCUCAUUUUAUCCAUACAUGGCACAAGCUAAAGUUUUUCAAACUACCUCUUGCCUACUCUGAGUUGAACCUGGUUUUAUUUCUCUGGCGCUUGGUGGAAAUUCCCUUCUCUCCAUCCUCCCACUUCCCUUGUAGCCGAGAGGCUCAGCAAGAGCUCCCACCUGGAGUAAGUUGCUGAGGAAGCUUUGCUUCUUCCUUCCUCUUCUUCACCAUCUCAGCCACUCUACAUGCUGUCUACCUGUGUAGAUUCCCAGAGCUGGCCUUCAUGCUAAUCAGAGACCACCUUCCCUCAGGACCACUGCUGCUGCCCCCGCCCCCCAUCACCCUCAGUCUCUGAGACUAUUAGACCCCUCAAAGGAGAGGUGCCUAUAAUGUUACAUUUCUGGUGCCUUGGGGGUAUCCUGGGAACACCAAGGCAACCAAUCAACAAUGAAUAUCUGGCAAAAUCUGGCCAUUUUUCUUCAUGAAGACUUGCCCGUGAACAGGCUGCAAUUAAAGGUUUAGCUAGUGGUUAUGUGCAAAUUGUGUUUGGCACUGGUGCUAUGGGAUUAGCCACCCGAUUAAACAUGGCCUCUUUUCUUGCUCCCUCAUUGGAUGACCUUUUAUAUAAACUACUUUUCUGGCCAAAACAAAUGUGGUUUUCUCACCCAAUUAGUUCUGCUUUGUAACUGAACUAAUCUUGGCUUGAAAAUGCACAUGAAACAAAACUUGACUCCUACAAGCAUUCAUAAGAAACUAAUACAAGAGGGAGCAAACUCAACUGAAGGUAAAUUCUAUACAGAAGUUGCUGAGAUGGUCAUGGCUUAUUGUCUCCCUAUUUAUCCAGCUCUCGUCCUGAGGAGAUCACUGAGCUCUAGGCUGGACCUCUCUCUAGGCCUGGUUCCCCCCCACCGAAGUCAACAAAAAGACUCACUGAUUUCAGUGAGCUCUGGCUCAAGCCUUUAACUCACAAAGAGCCAGAGGCCUCCAUGAAGUCAAGAAGAGGUGUUCCACACACAGGGCUUGCAAGAUCAGACUCAGGAUUUGAUUUGAAAUGAAUUUGAAGUAAUGGUCCAGACUGAGUGAUGUGCAAAAGAAAAACUCUCAGCAUCAGUAGUGAGAAGGGAAUUUGGGGUUUGCCCUGGAAAGGGCUGAGCAUGCCCUAUGGCUAUUGACUCGAAUGGGAGCAGAAGUCCCUUGCGUGGCAGGAUUUUAAUAUUCUUUCCCGAGGUGUGUCAAGGUUCCUCCCCCACUCUGAACGCUAGGGUACAGAUGUGGGGACCUGCAUGAAAACCUCCUAAGCUUAUCUUUACCAGCUUAGGUCAAAACUUCCCCAAGGUACAAAAUAUUCUACCCUUUGUCCUUGGAUUGGCCGCUACCACCACCAAACAAAUACUGGUUACUGGGGAAGAGCUGUUUGGAAACGUCUUUCCCCCCAAAUACUUCCCAAAACCUUGCACCCCACUUCCUGGACAAGGUUUGGUAAAAAGCCUCACCAAUUUGCCUAGGUGACUACAGACCCAGACCCUUAGAUCUUAAGAACAAUGAACAAUCCUCCCAACACUUGCACCCGCCCUUUCCUGGGAAAUGUUGGAUAAAAAGCCUCACCAAUUUGCAUAGGUGACCACAGACCCAAACCCUUGGAUCUGAGAACAAUGAAAAAGCAUUCAGUUUUCUUACAAGAAGACUUUUAAUAGAAAUAGGAGUAAAUAGAAGUAAAGAAAUCCUCUCUGUAAAAUCAGGAUGGUAGAUACCUUACAGGGUAAUUAGAUUCAAAACAUAGAGAAUCCCUCUAGGCAAAACCUUAAGUUACAAAAAAGAUACACAGACAGAAAUAGUUAUUCUAUUCAGCACAAUUCUUUUCUCAGCCAUUUAAAGAAAUCAUAAUCUAACACAUGCCUAGCUAGAUUACUUACUAAAAGUUCUAAGACUCCAUUCCUGGUCUAUCCCCGACAAAAACAGCAUAUAGACAGACAGACAGACCCUUUGUUUCUCUCCCUUCUCCCAGCUUUUGAAAGUAUCUUGUCUCCUCAUUGGUCAUUUUGGUCAGGUGCCAGCGAGGUUACCUUUAGCUUCUUAACCCUUUACAGGUGAGAGGAGUUUUCCUCUGGCCAGGAGGGAUUUUAAAGGGGUUUACCCUUCCCUUUAUAUUUAUGACAAGGUGCUAUAAGUAAGAUAGGGAGGAAAUGUUCUUUGUAUAACACGUUCCUUUAAGCCAGGGCACUAGAGUCCCUCCUGCCCUUGAGAAGAAGGCUAAACUCUCACUGAACUCUCUCAUUGUGGAAGAGAUGCCUGUACUUACAACAAAGUACCUGGCAGCUGUUAGACAAUGAGCCCUGUUCAGUAGUGCUAGCAAGGAUAUGAGGAGAGAGCGGAAAGGCUUUCUGAGGGGAUAGACUUCCUUUGCUCUGGCUGCUUUAGUGACUGAAGAAGUGGAAGUAGAGCUUAGCAGCUGUAUCUUUUCUGGUCGUGGAUGAACCUCCAUAAGGACUGGGUUAGGUUUGGCUAAGAGUGCUUUGAAGGCCAGAUGUUUCCCCAAACCACGAGCCAGCAAAAAUCAAGCUGGAAAUCUCUUGAGAACAGGCUGUCUUGGGGCAUCCUGCUCCUAACCAGGCCAGAAAUUAUAUUAUUCCUAUGUGCGUCAUGCCUAAAGGCCACAACCAUGAUCGGGGCCCCAACGGUUCAAGAACUUGCCUGGGGGUAUUUCAGCAUUUCUGCUUCUGGUCCCAUCUGCAAUUGCAGAGAGGCCUGAAUAUUAAACACAUGGGGCUGUGAGGGGACUUUUUCUUACAAAGGUUCUGUUUGGGUUUGGGUCAGCUUUAAGGGAAAGCUCAGCUCCAUUCCUAUUUCAUCUCAGCCAGUUCACCCACCCUCACUCUGUUAUUCAUUCUGCAGUGGUUUAAGAAGUGCCUGAAAAAAUCAGGAGCUAGUGAAGGGAGAGCUGCCUUUCCUGGCUUUGCUAAAAGCACAUAAACGUGAGGAAUCCGGUGAUAAAACGAGGCCCAGUCCUCUCCCGCAGGCAAGAAAAUAUUCAUAGGAUGAGCUCUGAGAGUUUGUCAGAGUUAAUUGCUACCCAAGGAGUUUCAAGAAACCUUUGCCUUCGUGCCAGUUUAUAACAGCAAUACCCUGAGGGUCUCAAAUCACAUCACAAACAUAAAUGAACUAAGCCUUCUCCCUCCAGCAUUAUUUGUCCCCAAUUCAGAGCAGAGAGAACUGAGUCCCAGGAGACAAGGGGUGGGUGGGGGAUGAGGCGGCUGAAGUGACUUGCUGAAGGUCACACAAGGAGCCAGAUCCUCACCUACUGGAAACUGGCACAUCUCCAACUUCUCUGGAACUAGGCAGUGUAACAACAGCUGAGGGCAUGGCCUAGCAGGUCUGGUUUGUACUGGCUUUAUAUCACCAGGUAUUUAUGUGAUAAAUCCGACCUUCACCAAUCUGGGAAGUCCAUGUCUAAAGAGGUCUUUUCCUCUGAAGGUGUCCACAGCCCUGCGUGGGUAAAUGCCACACUACAGGGCAGCCUGUGGAACAUACUGUACAGGUCAUAGGUCAAGAUACCCCUCAAUGCACAUAGCCAAAUGAGUGACGUCUAUCAGUCCUUGGUUCCCUAUUGAUGGCUCAGAUGUCACAUCUUCACAACAGCAGUACCAGGACUGAAACGCUGGUUGCUAAGGUGUGCAUCAGGUCCAGACGACUGGGAAUUAAAAUAUCAAGGAGCAGAAACUGCAACUGAGCUCACCGAAGGGUGAGGCCAUCUUCUCGAGCUAUCCGUGGAGACACACGAGGAAGGAAUGUUUUUGUCAUUUCCUUUGGCAUCUCAGGUUCACUUCCUCUCACCCUGUCAUGGAACAAUUAGCAGUGACAAAUACCAGCCAGAAAAUAACAAUGCCAACAAACCAGUUAUAUAGCCCCUGAGGCUAGAGAAACAAGGCUAGCUCAGGUGAGCAAAGCACAGAGUAUGAGUGGCCCCUGUGGGGAGAUAGGAGAAGUGCAAUUUAUUAAAUCCCAGUGGGAGCUCUUGUCCUUCCCCUCUUGCCUCAUCCUUCCUUCCUAUAGGUCAGGUAAAGUCAAGGUUUGGUUCAGUCUUCACCCCCUCCCUCCUGACAAUUUUCUAGCGCACUAAAGGUGCAUGGGACAGCAGCAGGAGGAUGGGGGCAGGUCUAUUGGCCUCACUGCUUAAUACAUUUUCCUGGGCGUGUAUUUACGCUAUACAUGAAGAUAUACAUAUAUACACAUAUUAAUACAAGCAAACAAGCUCACCAGCCUAAGUGUAGUGCAAUAUGUCAGUAACUGACUCCGGACACUGCCAAAAAAGUGCUCAUCUGUUCAGAUCCCCUUCCCCGGUCCCCCUAGGAAAUUUGCUCAGAGGCAUUGAUUCUCUGCAAGAGAGAGAGGAUCACAUUCCACACACCAGGAUGGUCUCCUUUCCCAGCUGAAGGCAGCACCCCGGGAAAUUCCCCCAGCUGCCCAGCAUGAUCUCUAUGUUCCUACAAAUAAGGCAGAUGCCAUGGGUCGGUACUGUAAUAAACAUUUCCCCCAGUUUAUUAUGGGCCUGCCUGACAGCGCUUACUUCUUGUCCUGCCUAGGAACUAGAUAAGCGCUUGAUGGAAUUUUGGUACCCUUUAACUCCACAUAAUCUGCUACACCGUGCUAUGGAAUAUGGCUAUGGCACUGCUGUUUCAAAGAAAGGGGAGGGGGCCAGCAUCUUUCAGUGAGAAUCCACAGGAACAGACCCUCCUCACUCUCCACCUGGGGAGACAAACUCUGAACCCUCCAGACUUCGGCCGCUGGCACUUUUUCAGGGGGUGGCAAAAAACAAACAAACAAAAAAAAAAAACCCGGCCCCCACCGCCUUUGUACAUACAUUACUCUGGAAUUGUGUUUAUUAUUUAAAAAAGGAAGAAA